GCGUCUCUGAGACGAGAUCGAAGGGCUGCUAAAGACAACACGUACUCUAGCUAGGGCGUUGGCGUUGCAUUGCUUGCCCGCCCGCUUUCCAUCUCUAUUUCGUGCCGGGAGCAGGAGAUCGCCGUGACAUCGUCCUCAGCCCGCACGCAAACGCAGAGUCCCCGCGCGCGGCGGCCGCCACAGCACCAGCACCACACCGACGAAGGCGCGGACGAGCGACCCAUGGCGCAGGUGAGCGUGGUGACGGCGGCGAGGAGGGAGCUAGCGGGCGCGCUGAACCCCGACGCCAGGGAGUUCCUCCCGUGGUGGCGCCUAGGGGGCAGCAGGAAGCAGCUCUCGGCCGACGCGCCAGAGUUCACGCGGUCCAGCUUGGGGCGAGCGGUGGCCGCAGCCGCCGCCAACGGUGCGGUGAUAGCCGCCCCAAACAACGCCGGCGUGGGGAAGGCGGCGCGGAGGUCUGCAAGCAAUAAUGGGCAACACGCAGAGUCGACAAUGCCUACAUUUUUCAAGUCUCACAGGUCUCAGUGGGAUGAAACAGUGAAAAGAACAAUCUUUGUCAAAUACAUUGAUCACAAUGUCACUGAGGACAUUCUGGCUUGUCUAUUUCAGUUGUUUGGGACAGUGGUGGAUUGCCGCAUUUGUGGAGAUCCCACAUCUGAUGAUGGUCUCAGGUUUGGAUUUGUUGAGCUUCAACACGAGGAUGAAGCAAUUGCUUCGUUGGAUCUUGAUGGAUAUAUUAUUAGCGUAUCCCCUUUGAGCGUUUCACGCUCAAGGACUGCAAUCUGCCCUAUUAACCCCAAGUUCCUUCCUCAGUCUGAAGCUGAGUGGGAGACGUGCUUGAGGACUAUAUAUUGCACCAAUAUCAGCAAAAAUGUCACAAGUAGUAAUUUGAGAUCCUUUUGUGAGGCGUACUUUGGCAAGGUGUGUCGCGUUAGGCUUCUGGAUAAUAAAGAGCGCUCCACCAAUAUAGCUUUCAUUGAGUUUGUUGAGGUUUAUGGUGCUAUUGCUGCUCUUGGGUCCGGUGGCAUUUAUGUGGAUGGCGUUCCUAUCAGGAUGUGCCCAUCCAAGAGCCCGAUAAGGACCCAUUGCUUUGGGAAGCUUAGUAGCUAAUAAGCUGGAGUGCAGGACCUAAUGCCAUCAUGGUGUGUCAUGAUCCGGCAAUAUAUAUCUGCAUAUUAUCCGUUGCAUUUGGUUGACUCAUGACAUGAGCCAUGAACAACCUUUAAACUUUUGCUUUAGCUUUAAUGCCCCAGAACAAUAACAACAACAACAUUUCAGAAUAUUAUCAUACUAUACUAUACAACAUUUAACUAAA